AUGGUUGGGGAGAAGAGACGCCCAGCCUGCCUGCCAGAGCCCGCAUGCUACUUAGUGCGGCCCUUCCAGGCUACCGUGCUCUUCCGCAUUGGUAACCAGCAGGCAGCCGACGGCCUCGCUUGGGUUACUUUGGCCCCACGCCUAACCCAGCGAAACAUCCCCCGUGCCUCUAAACUAAAAGCUGGCCUCUCACAAGCCAGGAAACCAAAGUUCGAAAGGGUGACCGAUGAGCUGUCUGCGACCGCGCUGCCGUGUAACGCCACAGCCAGCUGUGCCAGUUCCUCCGUAACACUCCCAAGGGCCACUGAUCCGAUCCCCGCCACCGCAAGCAAGCAAGUGGUGCAGCAGUACCAACCGCCGGGCUGGGCUAAACGUCAGCACGACGCCUCCUUAUCCCCGAGGAGGGGGCCGAUAUCGCGGUGCGCGCCCCGUCUAUCGCCCGAUGGGGAGGGCAGCUCCAACGCCGGCUCGCGAACAAGGCAGGCGCCAAGCAGCUUUGCUAUGCGGGAACUAGCGACUUGCUUGCCGAGCACGAAAUGGAGGGGGGGUCGCAUCUCACCAUUCAACUAAGCAUGCAUGUGCUCGGUUGAAUGCUCGGUAGCCUGCGAGUUUACCCCUAUCAGGAUGUUUGUUUGCAUAUCCCUCCAAGCGAGAGGGCUUGGACCUAUGCUGAUGUUCGUUCCAAGAAGUGAACUGAGGACUGAUGCUACGGUGAAAGAUUUGCACGUAAAUUCGCCCGUGCAAUAAAACGCCCUGUAACUCGCUUACGCUAAUCUCACAUUCCAAUAUGCCACUGCACUUUCCUCUCCAGCCUGGCCACAUUCUCUUCCUCGCAAACGUACUUGGGCACCUUACAAUCCAACACCAUACGGGCUUUGGAAACGCGGGCAGCUGCUUCACAAGGACCCCCCUAUUUG